AUGUCGCUGGUGUCGGGAGAGAAGACCAACUUCAAUCACAUUCUGCGUCUGCUCAACACCAACGUUGACGGCAAGCAGAAGGUCGUCUACGCCUUGACUCAAAUCAAGGGUGUUGGUCGCCGUUACUCCAACCUUGUCUGCAAGAAGGCCGAUGUCGAUCUGAAGAAGCGGGCUGGUGAGCUCACCUCUGAAGAGCUCGAGCGCCUGGUCACGAUCAUCCAGAACCCUCUGGCCUACAAGAUCCCAACGUGGUUCCUUAACCGUCAGCGCGAUAUCGUCGAUGGUAAGGAUUCUCAGAUCCUUGCCAACGGUGUCGACUCCAAGCUCCGUGAGGACCUUGAGCGCCUGAAGAAGAUCCGCGCUCACCGUGGUCUGCGUCACUAUUGGGGUCUCCGUGUCCGUGGUCAGCACACCAAGACGACUGGUCGCCGCGGCCGGACCGUCGGUGUCUCCAAGAAGAAGGGUGGUUAA